UAGCCUCAAGGAGCCCACAAACAAAACGUCCCAGCUACAAAGGUCUUACAUUGCCUCCUAAGAUCCAUAUAUAAACCAGCACACUAGAGCACAGAGAUAUAUAGAAGACUCAAGGGAAGAGUGACGUUUUACAUCCGUGGACUUGGAGUCUUCAGAGUUAACAGGUUUGUUUUGCUGAGACCUGAGGACACUUGUUGGAGAAUCAUUUCUGAACUUUGCACAACACAGCACAGCUUUUGAAAAGAAUGGCGCAACGACAGAACUCCGACAAAGACCCGACUAUUGAACUCUUCAUAAAGGCUGGCCACGAUGGAGAGAACAUGGGCAACUGCCCCUUCUGCCAGAGGCUCUUCAUGGUCCUGUGGCUAAAAGGAGUCAAGUUCACCGUGACAACCGUCGACAUGAGGAAAAAACCAGCAGAGCUGAAGGAUUUGGCACCUGGGACCAACCCUCCGUUCCUCCUGUACAACGGCACCCUCAAGACGGACUUUAUCAAGAUCGAGGAGUUUCUGGAACAGACAUUGGCCCCUCCCAGGUAUCCACACCUUAGCCCACUCAGCAAAGAGUCCUUUGACGUGGGCGCUGACAUUUUCGCCAAGUUUUCCGCUUUCAUUAAGAAUAGACCAGCCAACAGUACUUUCCAUGAGAAGGCGCUGCUGCGGGAGUUUAAGCGUCUGGAUCUCUACCUGACCUCCCCCAUCCCUGAAGAGAUUAACCAAAACUCCAGAGAAAACAUCCUUGUCUCCAAGAGGAAGUUCCUGGAUGGCAACCAUCUCACCCUGGCAGACUGCAACCUGCUGCCCAAGCUGCAUGUCAUCAAGAUUGCUGCCAAGAAGUACUGUGACUUUGACAUCCCGGUCCAGUUCACUGGUGUAUGGAGGUACCUGAACAAUGCCUACGAGAGGGAGGAGUUCAGUCAGACCUGCCCUGCCAACAUCGAGAUCGAGAAGGCUUACCUGGACGUAGCCAAUAAGAGGCUGUAAACCUAUAAACAAUCUUUAGCCAACAAUUACACAACAAUUACACAACUAUUACACAACAUUUCCUCUUUUACUGUUACCAUGGAAAUGGUAAGCCAUUCACAAAACAUGAAGGAAUUUUGGGAGGGGCCAGCAAUCAUUAUUGAAAUAUCUCAUGUCAACUGUUUAAAAAUCAACAUUUAUAAAUUCCUGUGUGAGGAUGCAGAUAGGCAUUCUAGAAAUCAAAGUUCACAAAGAGACCCCCUCCUGCUUAAUGUGCAUUAGGUUAAUUUAGCACUAGGGCAUGCACAAGAUGAACAACAAUGCCAUAUGUUUUACAGAGUGUGUAAUAGUAGGCUGCUACAGUCACUAAGGUCUAUGUAUGAAGACAAGUACAGACUAUUUAUUUCAUGUAAUUAUACUGGCAAAUUUCAUUAUAUGCCACACUAAAUAGGCCAAGUGUGCAAUUUGACUGUUUAUCUAAUUUAGUGAGUUUCUUUGUCCAUAGUGUAAAUAUAUAUUUCUUACCUUGUUGUUUAUGACCUGCACACCCAUACUAUAAGAAUAUAUGAGUGUAUUCUAAUUAUGUUUAUGUGUGAUUGAAACUAGUGAUACAAAACCUAUUGUUGAUAGUUACCAUUACCACUCAUAAUAUUAAGCUCUCACCAACAAGACUGCAGUCAAUUAGCAUGUAAAUAAGUUUAGGUAUCAGGAAAAUAUGUUUUACCAUAAUACAGUACACCUGUUCAAACUAUGAUGUGAAAGAAAAUGUCUGACCCUUGAGUGUGUAUGUAUGUUUGUUUGUAUGUGUGUGUGUGUGUGUGUGUGUGUGUGUGUGUGUGUGUGUGUGUGUGUGUGCUGAUCAUUUCAAAGCAUCCCAUAUACAGUAUAUGCAGUCAGUGAUUUAUGUGGUAUGAUUACACAAAAUAUGUAUUUACUGUGCAUUUCUAAAUUAGUCAACUAAAAUAUAGUUGAAGUCUAAUUUUAGUGUUUAAUGUUGUUGACUUUAUUCUGCUGCCAAGCAUUGGUUCGAGGCAUAUACGUUGUGUAUUUGUAUAGAAAUUGAUAUGCAAUCUUACACAGUGUUGGUCUCUCAAAAACAAAGUCGUUCCGUUCAAUCCACACGAUAUAUUUAAUUUUAUUGUCAGCCAGUCUCAACGCAAGGCCCUUUUCAACCGGAUUAAAAAAUAUAUUUUCAUAAAUAAUUUAGUCUAGGGUUAUAAGUAUAAACAUUGUGUUGGGGACGUACGUUUAAUAUGUAAUAAGGGACACAGCUUGUUGUCCAGGCAUCGUCGAAACGUCUCUUAUCCUCCUUCACCGCACAGCUUCUAGUUGGUCACAACAGUAUUUCCAGAAGCAUGCUAUCCAGGGAAGAAACCAACAAAGAUAGACACAUGUCAAGAUUCUGUGCAUCAAUUCUGCCUUCACGAGUCCUAACAUGUUACAUCACCUACUGUUUGUAUCCUGCUAGGCUAUACCCACCGGGCACAGACGUUAAUUCAACGUCUAUUCCACAUUAGUUCAAUAAACAACAUUGCUUCAA